CUUGUCUUCAAAAAGUUUGAAGCUUCCACAGCAUUUCUAGAGAGAGAAGGCACCAACUUCUACCACAGCUUGAGGGAGGCGUAGAGAGAGAAAGCGAGGAGCUGUUUUACUGAGAAGAGAGAGAGCGAGGAGGAACGAUGGCGUCCUUCGACGGAUACGGAAUCGACGGCGAAGCAGCGGUCCACGCUUCGAAUCACGGAUCCUUCCACGAUGAUGACGACCAGGAGAGCUACUCCAACUUCGGAUCCUACUCUAACUUCGCCAGCGGCACGCCGGAGUUCUCCACCGGGGAUAUCCCUGUGGAUCAGCCCGCCGCAUCCUCCCCCGAUGCCUUCGGAUUUGGAUCUUCUUCAGCUGACAUGGAUCCGAACUCUGGCUACUCCCAGAGCCCCUUCGGCUCGAUCCCCGCCGAGAACGGCAACGGCAACGGCUAUGGCGAGGCUGAUGAAGGCAUCUUCAGUUCCGAUGGCCCCGUGCUGCCUCCUCCGACUGAGAUGAUGGAGGAAGGUGCAGCUCUUCGCGAAUGGCGGCGUCAAAACGCUAUCUACCUCGAGGAGAAGGAGAAGAAAGAGAAGGAAAUGAGGCAGCAGGUCAUCGAAGAAGGCGAGGAGUACAUUCGUGCUUUCUACGAGAAGCGAGCUCUCAACAUUGAGACGAACAAGACAACCAACAGAGAAAGGGAAAAGAUUUCCUUGGCCAGCCAGGAGAAAUUCCACAAGGAAGCCGACAAGCAGUACUGGAAAGCAAUAGCUGAGAUCAUCCCUCGCGAGGUUCCUAAUAUCGAGAAGAAGAGAGGCAAGAAGGAUCAGGACAAGAAGCCUUCCAUAACAGUGAUGCAAGGACCAAAGCCCGGUAAGCCAACAGAUCUCGCCAGGAUGCGGCAGAUACUCCUGAAGCUGAAGCACACUCCACCCCCACACAUGAUUCCUCCUCCACCACCACCUGCUGCUGCUCCGGCCAAAGACGGGAAGAAGACUGCCGACGCCAAAGAUGCAGCCAAGACCGGGAAAGAACCAGCUGCUGCCACCACCACCACCACCACCAAGGACGUGACUGCUAAUGGCACGGCUGAUCAACAACCAGAGGCUCCUGCCGCCACCGUCGGUGAGGAGACUGCCCAGCCUGCUGCCGAACAGGAAUCCACGCCCCCGAGCUCCUAGGUUCUAAACAUUCCCUUUCUCUCAUGGUUCAGUUGAUUCCAAUACUUUCUUUUUUGUUUAUGAUCUUUUAUAAUUGAGCUUUCCAUUUGGGGUCUUUGUGAUUCGAGGACCUUGUUCCUGGAUCUGUUCGCAUGGAUCCAGCUCUUUGACAUUUCGAGGCUUCCUCCCAUGUUUCUUUUUCUUCGUUCCCGCUCUCACUUUUUUGUAUUCUCAUGUUGCAUGAACGUUUCUUCUCUUCUUCUUCUUGCUUGUUCUAUUAUUAGUUUGAAUGAAUAGAUAGACCUACCAUAUUCUUUUGUCCUAUGUUUGUUGCGGCGCCACGAAAAAUUUACGGGGUGGUCAACUUGUUUUACUGUAGUGUACGUACGUUGGUUGGUUGGUUGGUUGGACAGUUCUAUGGAUCGUCGGAUUAUUGAAAUAGGUACGUUUGAAAUGGAUGGAUUGCAUGAAUGAAGAUGCUUUUGAAUCGG